AUGCGAUGCCAUCCUCUCUCGCAUUUCCCAAAAUGCCGCAUUCCAACGCUACGCCACCUGUCGCGAGCUUUUCGUGUCCGUCGUCCCAGACCAUAUUCUAUUCCACUAUCCAGUGCUGCGGUUCUUCCACUCGCUACUUCGACUGCUACAACUGGGCUUUUCAAGGUUCUUAGAUUGCCGCUUCCGAUGCUUGGGCCGGAGCACACUAGAAAGACGAUUUUGAUCUGGGGUGGGAGUUCGAGUUGUGGGGCCGCGGCUGUGCAAUUAGCAGUGGCAGCAGGCUAUACCGUAGCGACGACCGCCGGAUCUCCCAACCACCACUUUGUGAAAAGCAUUGGCGCCACCCAUAUUUUCGACCACAAAUCACUCACCGUCAUCCACGAUAUCCUAGUAGUCCUUCAAACGGGAAAUAGGGUAUUCGACUGUAUCGGAGAAGCUUCUACCCAAAAAGCCUGCGCCGAAAUUGCGCACAAAGUUGGCUCCGGCAAGUUUGCUUGCUUGUUACCAGCUUUUCCCAAUGAUUAUGGUGUUGAAUCUGUAUUUGUAAAUGGUUUGGAUGUGGGACUUGUGGAUCUUGAUAUUGGGGAUGCGGUUUGGCGGAAAUAUGUACCAGAGGCGUUGGCGGUAGAGAAGUAUUUGGCGAAGCCAGACCCGGAAGUUCUGGAAGGUGGGUUGGAAAGGGUUCAGGAUGGGAUUGAUAUCCUUCGAAAAGGGGUUUCUGCGAAAAAGAUCAUGAUUGAGUUUUCGAAGAAGGCAUGA